AGCUGCCCGCGCGCCGGUCGGUUCCUGCCGCUGGCCGGGGCUCGAUGGCGCCGGGCGCGGUUGCUAUGGCGUCGGUUGCCGCGGCGACGACCUGGCGGCUGGUGCUGCUGCUGCUGCUGAGCAUCGCGGGGCUCGGGGCCGCGGACGGCCCGCGGCCCCCCAACAUCCUGCUCCUGCUUAUGGACGACAUGGGGUGGGGCGACCUGGGCGUGAACGGAGAACCUUCCAGAGAGACCCCAAAUUUGGACCGGAUGGCUGCAGAGGGGACGAUUUUCCCAAACUUCUACUCAGCCAACCCGCUGUGCUCGCCGUCCAGGGCGGCUCUGCUCACCGGACGCCUGCCCAUCCGCAGCGGCUUCUACACCACCAACGGGAGGGCCAGAAACGCCUACACGCCCCAGGAGAUCGUGGGCGGCAUCCCGGACGACGAGCUCCUCCUGCCCGAGCUGCUGAAGGGGGCCGGCUACGUCAGCAAGAUUGUGGGCAAGUGGCAUCUGGGCCACAGGCCUCAGUUCCACCCCCUGAAGCACGGAUUCGACGAAUGGUUUGGAUCCCCCAACUGUCACUUCGGACCUUAUGACAACAGGGCCAGGCCCAACAUCCCUGUGUACAGGGACUGGGAGAUGGUCGGCAGAUACUAUGAGGAGUUUCCAAUUGACGUGAAGACCGGAGAAGCCAACCUCACCCAGGUGUAUUUGCAGGAAGCCCUGGAUUUCAUCAAGAGGCAGCAGGCGGCUCAACACCCCUUCUUUCUCUACUGGGCCAUCGACGCCACUCACGCGCCUGUUUACGCUUCUAGGCCUUUCUUGGGCACCAGCCAGCGAGGGCGGUACGGGGAUGCUGUCCGGGAGAUCGACGACAGCGUCGGGAAAAUCCUGGGGCUUCUCCAGAACCUGAGGAUCGCGGAAAACACGUUUGUCUUCUUCACAUCUGACAACGGUGCCGCCCUCAUUUCUGCUCCUAAACAAGGUGGUAGCAACGGCCCUUUCCUGUGCGGGAAGCAGACCACGUUUGAAGGUGGGGUGAGGGAGCCUGCGAUCGCGUGGUGGCCCGGGCGGAUCCCUGCCGGCCAGGUGAGCCACCAGCUGGGCAGCGUCAUGGACCUCUUCACCACCGGCCUGUCCCUCGCGGGCCUGGCACCGCCCAGCGACAGGGCGAUCGACGGCCUGGACCUCCUCCCUGCCGUGCUGCGGGGCCGGCUGACAGACAGGCCGAUAUUUUAUUACCGUGGCGACACGCUGAUGGCGGUCACCCUCGGCCAGUACAAGGCCCACUUCUGGACCUGGACCAAUUCCUGGGAGGAGUUCAGACAGGGCUGGUAGUGACACGGCGUGGCAACAAGGACAGCUCCUCAGGAGCCGGGACUCCCCUCCUUGGCCACCCUACCCUCUCUGAGGCCUCCCAGAGCCCGGGGGAAAGAGUCCUCGGAACAGGCUAAGUAAGCCUUAGGUCGGAGGGCUCGGACCCAGGUGAACCGGGUUGCCUUCCCCCGGCACCCCCAGCACUUCCUGUCUUGUCCCCUCCCCCCACCUGUCCAGGUGCUCGGUGGCCCCCCUGAACGGGCCGCUGAAGCGUCUGUGUCCCCGCGUCUGCCCGAACGGCGUGCGGGCGGCUGCCUGGUCCUGCCCCUCCUGGGCCUCAGCCCCCACCUCUUCCAGGCAUCGCUCAGGGUGGUGCCCCCGCCCCUCUGAGCGUCUGGAUCUCAGGCACAAGAGCGGCUUUCCUUUUGGAAGGAAAAGCGGCACGAGUUAGCGACACACCCGAAUACGAGGGCGCUGUGUGCAAGUCAGGGCGCGGUUGCGGACGUAAGGGCUCUGGUGCCCGGCUGAUGAGGCAGACGGCCGUGGCUGUGGGGCCGCCACGCACAGCCAGACAGCCAGAGCCCAGGACAGCGUGUGCCUCCUCCCGGGUGGCCCAGGGCCUGGCCAAAGUCCCUGACUGGCCUUCAGAAGCGAGGAUCGGCACCAGGUGAGCUCAGCUGGACCGAGUGAGCCAGGGCUUCUCUUCUGGACUCUGACCCCGGGGGUGAGCCCAGAGGAGUGUCCUGCGGGCCUCCAGACUCACCGUGGUAGCAGAACGCUGUUGGCACAGGGCAUGACAGAGCCCUGUCCCCUGGCUCGUGCUUUUAGCACCAGCUCCCCCAGCACGGGAUCUCAGCACUGAGCCAUUCAGCCCUCCCAGCUUGUGGCCGCCUCUCACCUCCUCUCCGUUCGUCCAGGGUCCCUGCUCCUACUCUCCCUGCCCCCAGCUGAGCACCUGACACCCUCCCCCCGCCGUCAGGCAGGGCUGUGUGUGGUUCACCCCUUAGCUGCUCAGAGUCUCAAAGGCCACAGGAGCACCCGAAAACCCAGAGCCUGGCCUCGCGGGGACCUUUGGGGUUAGCUGUGUGCUCUAACUUCUCCCUGCCCCCACCCCCGUGGCACACGUUGGCUUCCCAGGGCUUUCUAGGGCCCUGUUGCUGGUUGCUGGGGAGUCCAGGCGGUCCGGGAAACUGCCACUCGGGCCUCCCUGUGGCUCCCUCCCUGGCCCUGCAGGCUCGGGGCACCUCUCGGGGCAGGGUCCAGUCCGCUCUGGCCCAAGUGAGACACGUUCCAGCUCCCGCCCAGGCCCAAACCCAGAAGGGCCGGGAGCUUCUUUCAGAAAGGGUGUUGGAAAAGUCCAGAAGGUCCUACAGGCAGAGCAGCCUGUGUACCCUGUCCUGAUUUGACCGCCUUUACAGCGGGGUCAAAAGUGUCAGGAGAGGCCGCUUCGGCAUAACCAGGUGGGGGCCCGCCCUGCUGCUGGUGAGUCACACGCCCCUCCCCCGUCCACAGUGCUCUGAGGGUUUUUGUGGAAGCUCCCCGGUUGGUUUGGUUUGCACGGCUUCAUGUUCUUGGGAGACCAGGCACACAAAAUUUUCUUCCCCCUCCCUGUGCUACACAGGGUAGCGGCAGUGGGUUCACCCAUCGGGGCUGCCCCACGGCUGUUCUGAUGGCCCUUGUCCCCGCAGGGGUCAGUGUGGCCCAGGGAGCGUGUGAGGGUGGAAAGGGCCCAAGAGGAAGGGGCCCCCUGCCGCCACCGGCUGCCCUCCCUGCUCCCCCCAGCACCAGGGGGACUUCAGCGGCCCACGCCGGAGGACAGCUUUGUUCAGAGGCCACGUGCCCGCCCUGCUGGGGCCGCACAGCCAGGCCUGGGCUCCCGGCCCGAGGGGGAGAGAGGCCUGGGGUAGUGGCCCAGCUGGGGCCUGCGGGUCUGUGGUCCCUGGGUUUGGGGGUCACAUGCAUCCACCUUACUGGCUUCCCGGCUGUACGCCCGGUCCUGGGGCUCGCGGCAGGUUUGGGGGGAGAAGGGUGGAGGUCUAGAGGCGGGGCGGGGAGGAGAGGGAGAGGUGGGGAGCAUCUUCCUAGUGCCAGACCAGAUGCCACUGUCCCUACAAGUGUGUGACCUCCCCAGCAUAGAGGUUGGCUGAGGCCCUGGGAAGAGUUGUGUGCAGGGAGGGCGCAUGUGUGCACGUGACCUUCUGCACUUGCGGACUGCAUCGCACACGGCUAGCCGAAGUGCACGGUUCCAAAGGGCAGGCCUGUAGAGGAGUGCGCCCUGCUCCCCGCUCUGUGCGCUGCGCUGGGCUCUGAGGAGGGAAGGGGCCCCCGGCUGCAGUGCCCCAAGGGCAAGGCCUCCCUCACAGAACAACUGUCACGAGAGAGAUCCUCUACUAAUUAACGGGAUCUUAAUUAAAUAGCUUAUUUGAUUUGCA